AGUUCUCUCAUCCAGCACGAAGACGGCCACAGUUCUUGCACAGAUGAACUUGAACAUGUAGGAAAAAGUCAAAAUGGACGCUGCGCGCCAGCUAAUCGCCCGCGAGCUGCAACAGCUCUUGCAGCAAACCGCAGCCUCUUCCAGCAGCUUUAUCAACUGUAAAAAUGUCUGGGUCUGGAAGAGUGCCAGACUUGUCAUGCAGGUUUUCCAUGCCCCAUGAGGUCUGGCAUGUAGGACAUAGCAUGACAGAUUCUGUGCGAGUUCCAUCAUGCCUAUCCUGCAUGAGAAAUUGCCUCUUGAGUAGGUCAAAAGUGGACAGCUUUUGGUAAGCAUGCAACACAGAUUUUUGCAUGCUUCAGAUUUAGCAUGACAAAUUGCAUUCUUCCAGACCCAGACAUUUUUACAUUUCAUAAGCUUACAAAACCAACAAAACUACCUACUCCCAAAUUACGAGCAGCAAAACACUCUCCCCGCUUUAGCCGAACUCUCUAGUGACCCGGAGUUUCAGCUGAAGCUGCAAAAAUGCUUGCAGAUCACAACCAACACGGUGGAUGAGCUCGUGGACAACCACGGGUUCUUGUCCGAUCUGUUGCUGUUAGUGAUCAAAAGUUUGAAGACGCUCCACGACGCGGCCGCUGGGACGAACUACAGUACUAUGCCGUCAACAAUGUUGUCGCCGGGUUCCAAAACGACCGCGAAAAUGCUGUACCUGUCCCUGUUCAACAUCCUCGCAACCACUUUCCAGUCGUUCAUUGGCCCCGCGUUUUCCACGCACGCCACCAUUGUGAAUCUGCUGUCCGCUGCCGGGGAGAAGUUGAACCAUCGCACGGUGGAAAUCAUGGCGUUCGACGCGAAAUCGGGGCGGUUUUGCGUCAAGGUUGAGAAGGGGGAUGUGGAUAAAAAACAGUGGAAGCGGAUAAAACCGGAGAAUUUGGUGAUGCUGAAGUCGGACUCGAAAGAUACAGUUACCCGACAGCUUGAAGGUGGCGCAGCAGGAGACCAUCUUCAAGACGGCUUUGCAAGUACUUCAAAAAACAGUAGGUAAUGUUUUUCGACGAACGUUUGACUUUGCGUUUUUCAUGUACUGUUUUUCUACUUUCUUCUUCAGUUGAUAGUGAUAGUCGCGGCGUCUGAUGACACGGUGGUCAUGGACCUCCAUGUUUUUUAGCUGCCCACACGUCGCUUCUGCCACCCAGUACUAUGUAGAGCACAAUCAAAACUUCACAGGUACUACUUCCCCUCCCCCGACCCAAGUGCACAUGCGCAAUCUGAUGGCCGUAAAUUGUCUGGAGUCCGUGUCUAUCCUGUGCAAAAGUAUCGUACUCGUACUAGUUGCAGGCAUGCAUUACAAAUUUCCAACCCAAGGCAAAACAGCAUGACAAAUUCCAUUUCUCAUGCUGGGCUAAUUUGUAUUGCAAUUACUACUAGUACGAAUACUUAUGCAAUUCAUAGUGUCCGAAAUUUUCGACUACCUGGUUACCGAUUUCCUGUUAGGCCAAGAAGACGGGCUUAGCCAGCAGGUUUGCUUCGCGAUGUACCGGGCAGUUCUGUUCACAACCGCAUCCGCGACGGCCGGAGCUGCUGGUGGGUUAUGGAUUGCAAAAGCAUCGUACUCGCAUAAAUGCAUUACAAAUUUUCUCAGCGUGAGAAAUAAAAUUUGUAAUGCGGAUUGGACUUAACAAAAAGAUUAAGAUUUGUGAUGCAUGAUUGCAAUACGAAUGCGAUGCUUUUGCACAGGAUAUAGGUCGACGACCUCCACCGCAGCGAACAAAAUGUCAUCCACUGACUUAUUCGAACUGUGCAACAACAGCGUCCCGGUCUUGAUUUCCUUCGCCAGGAACGUUUUGUCCGCUGGAAACGAAUUUGCGCAGAAACAAAGCACCAGUGCAAUAAAUCACCACUACCAUCCCCAACAGAUGCUCCACCUCUCCAUUCUGCACCCCAUCGCGCACUGCCUCUGGACGGACAACUACGUUCUACUAGCGGCUGCGGGGGUUGCCGGCGGGAUAGAUUCCGACUACGAGAAUGACGCGAUUUCGAAUGCGGCGCAACAGCAUCAGUUGAAAAAACUCGACGAUCUCCCGAUCGACCACGUGGAAAGGUUUCAUGCCGAGCUCGCCAUGGCCUUCGUCGACGCGGAUUUUUUGCCGUUAGUGAUCCAGAUCGUCAAUUUAUGACAGGGCACAACUCCUACUUCUCCUCCUCAUUUGCAUGGCAUAAACAGCAAUACAAGCAUCGGGAAGAACGCAGGUUUUGCAUGACAGAUUUAUCCAGGGGUUUUUUCGUAGUUGGGACUGUGUCAUAGUAGGAUGAUUUACCGCUUUUUUACUUUUCUUUUCUCCCUUGACGCUAGUGUUUAGGUUUGCACACAACGUUAUCCCUACCCAGAUAGCAACAAAUGCUCACGCCGCAGCCGUCCCAGGAGCUUUUAUUUUGUUGUUGUCUCUCGGUAGUGAUCACUUUGUCCAAACUUAUUCUACCUAGAGUUUGUCGAGUAAGUGGCUACCGUUUUAAGGUUUAGAGAACGACAGGGACGCCCAGCCCUUUUUAGCUUCCCAACAUGACAGAUUUACCCAGGACUGUAUUGGUGUUUGAGCUGUCAGAAUCUGUCAUGCAAAAAGUGCCAACAAGAGGCAAAGGGUGGACUUGGUAUUUUGCAUGACAAACGAGGAGGAGGUGGAGUUGUGCACUGUCAUAAAAUUCUACCGCCCAAACCGUGAAUUCCACCUUCGGCGGGAAAGGCGGCGCUUACGAGAGCAGUCAAAAGUCCAAAAUCACUGUGCAGGUCUUAAUAUCCUGUGCAAAAGUAUCGCACUCGUAGUAAUUGCAGUUAUGCAAUACAAAUCUUUUUCCUAAGGCUAAUCCGCAUUACAAAUUCCAUUCCUAAUGCUGCGGAAAUUUGUAUAUGCAAUUUAUACUAGAACUAGUACGAUACUUUUGCAAUGCAUACUUAACCGCAGGCGGAUCCAUUCUCGGCUUUUUGGCCCGGAGAUCCGUCCACGAUCUGACGAUUCGGCGGCAUCUACAGCUCCACGGUAGGCAGUUUGUGACGCAAGUGAUCACGAACGUGUUGGAGUUCUUGUGGAAAGAGCAAAACCAGAACCACGCAUCCGCUCCGUCUAUCGCAAUCACGGUUCAACAAUUGAUUAUCCUCCUGGACGGGUUGUGCUUGCUGAAGAAAAUCCUACCACACCUAGUGAAUUCCGCGGAAUUGGUAUCGAAGAAAGAAACAUUCGUAUAGUGUAACUUUGUGAUGCACAACAUGCGCACUGAUUGCGGCUGUCAUGCUGGGCGUGCAUUGUAAGGGAAACUCAAGUACUAGCGCGUUUUCACGUACUCGUACCAUCUGCGCAUGACAGGUUUUCGCUCUGACUCCAGACAGAUUUGUAAUGCUGUUCUCCCGAAAAAGUUACACCUACAAUCUUUUUUUUUGGAUAAUUGGCGCAUUUGUCCACAAACGACAAUUUCUGCAACUUAGCGUGGGGCAUCCCCGAUUGGGUCCCCUACAUGGUGAGCACGCAGGAAUUUUACACCCCCGGAGCGUACAACCAGGGAAGUAGCUCUGUCACGACCGCACCCUUGUCCGGCGAGCUGGUCGCGAAGACCCUUUUCCUGAGUCUAUGCAAGAAAAAAACUGUGUAAGUGUAACUUUCUUUGAGGAACAGCAUCACAGAUUUGCUCUGCAUGACAGAGAAAACCUCUCAUGCGUAGCUAGUACGUGAAAACACUCACGAGAAGAACCUCUAACGCAUGUCCAGCAUGACAAGUGUAGGCGUUCUUGCGCAUCCUCUACCUCUGCAACACAAAUUUACACGCUACGCAGUUUUUUUCUUGGAUAGAGUCUCAGCCCCCACCAAUACACGACGGAAUUAGAUAAAGGACAUGGUGGGGCGGCUUCCGGGGUACAACAUCAAUUGCAGCAGACGCAGGACUCUCCUCUGAUGCAGAAGCUCUUAGAAGUCGAGUCGCAGGCUUUGUUCGGAGUCUCGCCGGAGUACCAGGGGGUGAGUGCUGUGCGGUAUUGGACGACGUUGCGGAAGUACUUCUCUUCGAAUAGUAAUUCGACGAACUCUAUCAAAUGCAAAAAUGUCUGGGUCUGGAAGAAUGUGAACUUGUCAUGCAGAUUUUCCAUGACCCUAGAGGUCUGGAAUGCCGGGCCUAGCAUAACAGAGUCUGUGAGGUCUCUUUCAUGCCUAUCCGGCAUGAGAAACUCCCUCCCAACUUGGUCGAAAGUGGACAGCUUUUGACACUCAUGCAACACAGAUUUUUGCAUGAUUCGGAUUUAGCAUGACAAUUUGCAAUCUUCCAGACCCAGACACUUUUGCAAUUCGACGAACUCCCUGUACUUGGCGAUCUCGCAGAUACUCGAACAGCGGAAGCAAACUGGUGAGAUUUCCGGGCUCGGGGCGGAUUUUUCUUCCUCCGGGGGGCGGGAUCGGGAUGAAGAACAUGAGGGACCGAGGUAUACUAGGAAAGCAACACGCUUCUGCAGCUAUGCAAAGAAACCAGUGAAGACAUAUCCUAUCAUCGCAAUACUCACGUUCCUCUUAUUGUGUCAAAAGGAUUCGCAUCAGUUAUUACAUUAUUCAAUCAUGAAUAAAUUAUAUACCAGGUGGUGGCGCAACGACCCAGCUACGGAUCCGAUUCGCACCCUCCCAGCGCCUAUCUCCACUGUGGAUUACGAACAAGAAGCCUUCCCGUCGGAAGAGCAGCUUUUCGCGGAUCUAGGAACGUAUUAUGAGGAGCAGCAGGCUAUUUUGAUGUCCAUCAUGAUGUAUCCUGUGCAAAAGUAUCGUGCUCGCAUUGCAAUCAUGCAUUACGAAUUUUUUUAUUAAGGUAAAUCCGCACUAAAAAUUUUAUUUCUCCUGCUGAGGAAAGUUGUAAUGCAUUUAUACGAGUGCGAUACUUUUGCAAUGCAUAUCAUGGAGCAGCAGGAACGGGAUGAGCAGAGCGGGUUCCGCUACGACACAGGGGAAUACGACUACGGAUUCGGUGAUGUUUAUGGGAGUAUCAGGUUUGAAAUCGACAAAGUUGAAAUAACUUGUAAUGCAUAAAAUCGAUACCAGCUAGAAUCCCAAUUUUCAUGCGGCGCAUGAUAAAUUUCGGCACCGUCUAAAAAAUCCAGUUUGUCAUGCUGUUUGGGGACAGAAGGCGUCUUGUGUCAUGUUACUUUAGCAGCUCUAUCGUAGACCCCAAACAGGCUGACAGUCGGCCUCACUUGCCGUCCCUGCAAGAGAGGCACUCCAUGCCUUGCAAUUUCUGCGUGAGAAAUUAUUUCAACUUUGACGAUUUUAAUCCUGACGCUUCCAUAAUGUUUCCGCAAUCAUGGAGGCAACUACUCCUGGGGGAAUGGAAGGGCAGCUGUCAGAAGACGAAGAAGACGGUGAUGAAACGCUCUCCAGCAUUUUCGCACGCCCCAGUCCGAAGAAGGAGGCAUUUCAGCCGCCGGUGGCGCCACCUCCCGUGCAGCAGCAGGAACAAUCAACAACGCGACGACGAGAACAACCUCUCCCCGAGACCCAACUCAGCACAGAAACUGACGCCAACCCGCAGAAGAAGCAAGACCCCUCAGUUCCGCUCGGCCGGCUGGGCGCGCUGGAUUUGCCGAGCUUGAACCCGAACCAGAACAGGGGAAAAAUGCUUGCUGGGGCAGAGGGAAGUGAGAAGAAGUCGAAAAAGGAAAAGGGAUUAUCGCGGGAGAGGUUGAAGCAGAUUGGAAUACCGCUGAAUUUCCUGAAGCAACAAUCCGCAAUUUCGAACCUGAACGUCGAUGACUAUUCCCAUUUAUGCUGCGCGAUCGAUGGAAAAUUGAUGGGGGAACCGGUCCGGUGUACUUUACCAGAGAAGAAGCAUUUGGUAUUUGAGAAGUCGGUGUUGGAGUUGUGGUUCAAUCAGAUGGGGAAGGUUUGUCCCAUCACAGGGGAUUUGAUGGCCAUGACCGACUGCAAGCGGGAUAAGCAGCUGGAAUUGGAGAUCAAGCAGUUCGCUUCGAAAUGGAGGGAAGUAGCGGCAGCGGUUGGCGGUGCUGGCGGAAAUCAGCAAGCAGGAGCGCUUUCGAGUGGCCCCGGGCGUGAGAAGAGGAAAAAGAAGAAGAAACCUGAUGCUUCAGAGGAACAUCACCAACCGGACUUUCAUAGUUCGCCGGAUUUGAGCUGA